CGAUCGCGUCUUCAGGGUUGAUCAGCCGAUUUCUUACGCGACCGUGAUCAACGCGUGUACUCCAAUCGAUACGUUUGUUGGCUUUCGGCACCGGCCGACGCGACGGCCACUUCGCAUCGCGCAGUCAGCAGUGCGUAGUCGAGCCCAUAACCUCUCCGCCUAUCCGCGUUCCGGCGUUCUCUCACGUUUCGCGUGUGCCGCGAGUGUCAGAUUUAUCGAUGCCGUCGCUGCGACGGACGAUCGCGGCUCCAGUGUCAAUCGGUCGACUUUCUGCGCAACCGUGAUCAACGCGUGUGCUUCGAUCGAUGCGUUCGUCAGCUCUCUCCGCCGGCCGACGGCUACUUCGCGUCGCGCCAUCGGUAGUGCGUAGUCGGAGCCCAUAACAUUCCCGCGUCCUCUCAUGUUUUGCAUGUCGCGAGUGCUAAAUUCAUUAAUGUUGUCGUUGCGACCGCGUCUCCAGAGUCUAUCGGCCGACUUCCUGGGCGAUCGAUCAACGCUGAUCCAUGCCUCCGUCGCCUCUCACGACGGCCAUUUCGCGUCGCGGCCGCCGCCGCACCGGUGCGAUAAUCGGGCCUGUGAUCUUCCCACAUUCCUGUGUUCCCCCGCGUCCCCCGCGUUCCUUCGUUCCGCGUCGCUCCCCCGUUUCCACGAUUCCGCGUUCCGCGUCCCUCGUCCCUCCCCCGUUUCCGCGUUCCCUCGUUCUCCCGCAUUUCCGCGUCUUCCUGCGUUUCGCGCGUGUGGCGAGUGCUAAAUUCAUCGAUGCCGUCGCUGCGACGAACGAUCGCGUCUUCAGGAUCGAUCAGCCGACUUCUUAUGCGACCGUGAUCACGCGUGUGCUCCGAUCGAUACGUUGGCUCUUGGCGCCGGCCGCCGGCCACUUCGCAUCGCGCAGUUGGCAGUGCGUAGUCGGACCUUUAACCUCUCCGCCUGUUCCGGCGUUCUCUCGCGUUUCGCGUGUUUUGCGAGUGUCAAAUUUAUCGAUGCCAUCGCUGCGACGGACGAUCGCGGCUCCAGUGUCAAUCGGCCGAUUUCCUGCGCGACCGUGAUCAACACGUGUGCUUUAAUCGAUGCGUUCGUCGUCUCGCGAGCCGUAUUCCGUCAUGUUUUCGUCGCAAGAUGACUCGCCCGCACGAGACUCAUUCUCCCGUGCGAUUCGCACGCUCAACGAGCGUCCCGGGUGCCGUCCAGCACGCCCGUGGUGUUGGGAAACAUCGAGCGGCAUCGAGUAGAGCAUCACGAGAUCGUCGCGAUGGACCAAUCGAUCGUCACUAUUUGCCCAGGAUUCGCGUCAUUACGUAGCGGUCGUCUUAUCGCUCAUGUUUCAUCGAUGACGCGUUGCUUGUUGGGUACAAGUAUCCCUCUACUUACGACGGAGUUAAGGUAAAAUGCCGGUUGUAAAUCCGAAUAUUCGUAAGUCGAGCUAAGUAGAGAGAUACUAAUGCUUGUAACUUGUUUUCGUGGCAAGUCGGUAGUGCCGAAUAGAUUCGUACGAUGUAAUCAUAAACUCGUGUAAUAGGCAAGAAUAAAUAGAUAAUCGCGAAUGUGAUGGUGCGGUGCAGUGCAGUGCAGCGAAUCGUUAAAGUGAUCGGAAAAUACAGUGCAUCGCAAGUGUGAUCGAAAGGUGCAACUUAUCACGAGUGCAUGCCGCCCGAGUGGAUGGAUUAAAACGCAGGAUUACUGUCUACAGCGUCUACGAUAUUACUGCCGCCGUCUACGACAUCGUGUAGUAAAGCCGGCUCCGGAAGAAAGUUACGUCCGACGAAUCGAAUUCACGGUGCAAAUUGGUGCGUUGGGAAACAGGGAGGCUGUGAUGAGGGAAGCCGGCUAAGGGGAGCCCGUGUCGCGCAAGCGCCGGUAGAGGAGUGUAGGAAAGAUGCCGCUUUCCUCGAGAGUCUUAUUAAGCCCGCUGCUGCUUCUAAUCAUCGCAGGAAGCACCGGCGCCUUCAGCCCCCGUCAAGGAGAAUGCUUGUUUCCAGCGAAGUGGGAAGGCAUGUGGUUCCAGAGUGGCGUGAGGCAAUCAAUAUUAAUAUCCAAGAACGAAUUAUCCACCAAGGGCAGGUGUCUGCACAACGAAGGUGACAAGUUUCUCCUGGUAGAUCAGAAAUCAUGCUACCGUUGCGUCGUCAUUCACGAGAAGCAUUCCAACGUUCUGCAGUAUAAAGAGACUUUUUGCCACAGUAGGAACUCUCUGGCGUCUCUCUGCUCGUAUAUUACGGGGGAUGCGUUGCUGUAUUCUAUGUUCCGCGAGGAGGCAGCCCCCGUAGCGUGCCCUUUCCGCGGCCCCAUGACCUUUUCCUACAACCGUGGCCAUGGCACGUGCUCGAAUCCACCGAGCAACGUCGACACCUGUACGGACGACAGCAGACUCCUCUUCAAAUACCAGGCUUGUCCGGACGUACCCGCCUCGGAGAGCGCAGUGGAGGAACUGGAAUGCCUGGCCACCUGGAAGGAGGGCAGCAGCCGUUACUUAGUCGGCCGUCUGCAUCACGGCCACGCGUCCAGCAACGAGGAUCGAUACCGGUGCUUCGUUUACGAGAAGGCAGGCCAGACGACGGUGCAGGGUAAUCUGAACAGGGCGGCCAUGGGCAUGGGCACCAUGGACCACGAAGUCGCCUUGCCGGGCGGGCCGGUGCCCGAGGGCGCCGCCGAGGUAUACCGGGUGGCACAAAGCGGUGAUGCGACGUGCAACGGUCUGUUGUGCAACGGUCUGUUCAGUCCUAUGGAGGGGUCGCGUACAAUGACCCUGAGAAAAGUCUCGUCCCCGGGAGAAUGCCGGUUCCCAAAUUGGUUGACUGGACACUCGAGCAACGGACUGACUUGGCACACUCUGGACCUCGGCAGAUCCUACACAUUUCAUCCGCGAAACGCGUCUCUGCACGUCGCCAGACUAAACACAACUUCGUCGAGUUUCGAAAGCGGUUCCAUGGACUCGCAACACGUGCUCGGGACGGAGGAUCAGGACGUGAAGAUCCUUUGCAACAGCAUAAAGCAGUCGAAUGGCGCGCAGACCAUGAUAACAAUGAUGCUGGUGGCACACUUCACUGUCGGCUGUCGGAGCGGUUUUAUGUGCAUGACAUUCUACCGGAGAGACGGCCACGUGAUCGAGCUGCAAACGGGAAGCCCGGUAUCUAGACCGGAAGAAGCAUGCAGCCCGCCCCAUUUUCUGCAGCACAGUACGCCUUUUCUCACCUUAGUCACGAGCUCUCCGGAACCACGUACCUGUCCGUACUUGGGCAAGUUCACAGUGACGGAUGUGAAUCGGAAUCAACGGAACACGCGCGAAAGCCGUAGGAGCCAACACCAGCAGGAGUCUCUGCCCAUCCGACACGAUGGUGAGAAGGUGCGGCACGCCCAGGAGAGGAAUGAAGACCGGCGGGGUCGUAAGCUGGAUUACGAGGUCGAGAAGAGGCGGGCGAACAACGAGUAUCUGAUCCACGAGAGGAUGGGUCGGCGGGCGCGUUCGAAUCGCGGCGGCAACCGGAGUCGCAAGGACUACAGCGUGGAGGAGAUCCCCUCGUCGAAGAGAUCCUUGGAACCGGUGGAGACUUACCGAGAUCUACGAGAGCGCGCGUUGCGAUCGAUGGUCAGACGAUCGGGCGACCUCGAGCAACGCUCCGCCGAGAGCUUGCGCUCCAAGACGAGGAGAUCGCGCGCUGUCAAACGUUUCGAGGAACUUGCCCCGCAAAACGCGACGAAUCGCGCAGAGAUCGGUACGAGAAACGAGGGCGAAACGACCGAAGGCGAGGUGAAUUCGAGAGAUAAGGCGAACAGAUCGAGAAGGUAUCCGAAGAUAGAAGACUUCCAUUCAUACGACGCCGAUAUGAUCGGACGGUUUUGGGCCGCCGAUCCGGACGACAGCUGGACCUCCAGCACGCUGCAGGUGCAGGGCGAUUAUUUCGGGGAUUAUCUGGAGGCUGACAGUCCGCCGCGAAAGAGAUCCGCGUCGGGGAAUUCGGCCGACAAGAGUAUGACCUAUAAGGAUCUCUUGAGAAUGAAGAGGGAGCUCGAGGAAUACGAGAGGGACGAAGAUAUCCCGGAGAGAAGGGAGAAGAGAAACGAGGAUGACUCGAGGUGCAGCUCCGAGGUGACGACCUUAACCGUGGGCUGCUCCACGGCGGACAGGAUGGAGUUUCAAAGUGAUUGCGUCGACGACGACGCUAUCACCGCCUACUCCUGCCACGGUAGAUGGUUCGACGCCGAAGGCACGCAGUUCGUGAUCGCCACCCCGUUAGCGCGCAGAACAACGUGGUCGAGCAGCGAGAACAACAGGGCGCAGCCCUACAGAAACAGCCGUAGACUGUGCUUCAUGUACAAAGAGAGCGGCGGAGUUGUCAGUUUGACUGCCAGCCCCAUAGCGUGUCAGAGGGGCAUCCCACCGCCCGCGCCGAUGUUGGCCUUCAACGCUACCAGCACCGGCCAGUGCAUGGAAGCGAACGGCGGACCGAUUGGCCGAUCGACGUACCUGACGAUCGUCUUGCUGACGACGGUCGCCGCAAUAUUCAGGUGAUUCUAAUCGAAAGUGCGACAAUUAUUCGAAAUCAAUUAAGGAUCGGACUCAAACGCAGUGUCGGACACUCGGUGAGAUCGUUAUAUAAGAAAUAUAUAAAAUUCGCGACCCAGUCGGCCGCGGCUCGAUCAGUCGAGCGCGCACGUAUGCGGAUGAGUGCGAGUUUAGACCGUGAAUGAGAGAGAUGCGGGAAAGGAGGAGUCAUCGAUUGUGGUUUAGACAAUCGUGCUCGUGGCUCCUGUUAGUUUCUUCGAACUGGGAGAAACUCGCGUUCGCGCGAUCAUCGUUCCGGAACGACCGAAGAGGCGGCCGCGUUGAUGAAACGGAUAAAGAGAAACGAAUGACGAACGACGCAGGAUCAUCUUGCGAAGAACCGACGGAAGAUUCGAAAAAAAAAAAAAAAGAUUAUUGGAUUUUCGUGACGAUUCCGAUAAUCUCGCAGGAUAGAGUCGGGCGGACAUCGGCGGCGUAACGCGUGAUCGAGAGAGUAGCUCGAGCGUGAGUUUUUUCUGGCUAGUAGAUUUUUUUACCGGACGUAGGCACUAAGAUUGACGUCGAGCGGAGUUGACGAAGUUGUUAGGUGCGAUUUUUAUGGUUGGGCCAUAUCACGAUCGGUAUCGCGACGAACGACGCGAACCUCGGUCGAGGACGAAGGAGCGCGAUUCGCCCUCGUAGGAUCGAUCGUCCCGGAGUCCUCUCGUUCCAACCGAUAAGACGCGCGAUCGUUACUUUUUAGGACGGACAGAAAAAGAUGACUACUACGAAGAGACUAGGUCCUCGAUAAGUGCAAAAAAAAAAGAAAAAGCGGAAAGAGAGAUGAAGAAGCAUUUACUCGGUAAAUAUUUUCUUCGCCGGGCGCGUACGCUCAUUUCUUUGCUCAUUCUCGGGCAUGUACCCUCAAUAAGUACCGAUGAUACGCGUAAUAAUUAUAUCGAUUAAUUACAAGUAAUACACGCUGUCGUUUUUUCGACGGAUCGAGGCGGAUCCCCGCGUGUCCCGAAGUGACGCCACGAAGGAUAAAGGGAAAUGGAUCGCGGGUGAGUCACUCGUCCUCCGUUGGAGGACGAGGUAGCCGAGCAAGAGCCGAUUUAGCUGAGCGACAAACGAGAGUAAUGAGGACAGUGAAUGCUCAAUUAGCGUGGCGGAGUCCUCUGGCUGAUAAGAACAAACGUGUAAUAUAUUAUUUCACCCCGAACCAGUCGAGGAUUAUAAAGAAGGUCAAGAGAUUAUUAAACGAGACUAGAGGCUCCGAGAGGUUCUGGACGUUAUCAUGAUACACCGGUUCUCUCUUCCUCGGGGCUCACACGGCUCACCACAUUUUUCUUUAUUCAUGCGUCGAGAAGGGCCGCUGAGGAAAUCGCGCGGCGCGACGCGACGCGUCCCUCCGCGCGAGAGGCGGACGGGUGAUCCUUUGAUCUAUAUUUUCGCUUCAUUAGCAUCUCGUUAGACGCCGACGCAAAUGCAACUCCCCCCCCCUCGCCCGAUCCUAAGUUUUUAUUCGUCGAAGAUAAAGAUCGCGUGCGAUGUCACCGCCAAGUCGGGGGAACUGCCUUUAACGUUAAAUGUGCGAUGGCGACGCGAGCUCUUUGUCUCCCGUGAGCAAUCGAUUAGCUUAAUUAACGAAGGGACGCGCGCGGGAUCUCUUCGGCGGUGACCUGCUCGGCGCGAACGUUAAUGUUAAGCAAUAAGCAAUAAAGAUACACGAAACAUGUAUACAGAAGACGUACACACACGCAGAGACACAGACACUCACGCGGCAGCAGUACGCUCGAGAGAACGGUGAUAACGAGAAGGAUGUUGCGCUUAGUGGAAUCGAGCGUGAGGGCGAGAAGGAACUCAGUCGGUUCCGAUUUUCGCGAUUAAUGACGACGGGAGAAGGCCGGACGCGACGGUGUAGAACGCUACGAUAUUAUUGUAACUAAUACAGAGUCUAUAUUAUAUAUAUUAUUGUACAACCAUCUUUGUAAUAAUUAAGCUAUAAUCGAGUGACGAGAGACGUAGAAGGAAGAAGAGACAAACAAAGAGGAAGUUAGGGACAACAGAAAGAGUGCAUGAGUGUAUGUGUGCGAAAAUGAGUGUGAAAAUUAGAACGAGAAAGAGAAAGAGAGAGAGAGGGGGAGAGAAAGGGGAGGGGGUUAGGAGCAUGAAAAAGAGUGAACCAUAGGAAAAAGCCAAUCGCUAUUUUAGCACUUUUUCAAUCGCGUUGUACGUAAUUUCUAUACGCCAGUAAGACUUUCCGUCGGAUUUUGGUUUCAUUAAUCAACGACGUCGGCGAGAUCGAUUCUUGAGAGGAAAGCGCGAUUCAACAGAUGCGAUGAAAGCCUCAUCGAGCCGUCAUUCGCCGUUCGUUCAUUCGCGUCUAAUUACUUUUUGUUCGAAACUCGAUCGAAGUCGCUCGCAGCGCCGACCGUGAGCGACGCUCGCGAGAAUUUCGUUGUCGAUCCGCGAUUAUUUAUUCCAUCUCUAACCGCUUCCGGUCGGGAUCGUUAAGCAUCGCAUGGUUAUUUCACGCCUACUCAAGGAUCCUCUCACGCACAUUCAUCGGGCGGCAGUGUCUCCGUUUUAGGGUUCUCAGAAGAGAGGGAUCGAUCGAUUUUCGUUGACCUCUCUCGGUGGGUGAUACACCGUGAAGAUAUUAUAAUUGUCAGUGCGCACAACAACUGCGAGUAGCGCAACACUCGCGCCACGGGCGAGCGGCGCAUUCUCAUUUUUCACCAACAAAUAGGACUUAGGCUACUUAGGACACUUAGCGGUUAUCACAUUAGGAGCCAUACUGUACCUACGAGCGUAUACAUAUAUAUAGCGUAUAUGAAGUAGUGUUAAUAUCGGGUCUAGCCGUUAAGAUUUCUCUAGCUUCUUAGGGAUAAUAAGCUCAUUGUGAACAGCAAUCAGAUCUGAUCCAGGUGCCCCGCGGUCGCGAAUCACGUGUGUACAAUCUUGACGAAGACCAAUCGUCAAUCUCGCGUCUAACGACGAUGCAACUCUUCCGUGAUAAUCCAACCUCUCACGUCGACGGAGCGUGCGAUUGUCGAUGAGAAGACAAGGGUUUGGCAGUAACUUACUCUAUUUUCUCCUUUUCUAGGAAUUUGAAAAAAAUUAAUCUGAAUUAGAUUUUCUCAAACUUUUUAACGUCAAUUCUCGUCUACUUAAACGGCGAAUCAGAAGAUCCUUUAAACCGCACAGCAUUCUGUACAUUCUGAAUCAUGUUCCGCACGAUCCGAGAACCAUUCCGAAGCUCCAUGAACAUUAAUUGUAAUUUUUAGAAUUUUGAUGAAAUUGCAGUGCUGAAUUAUAGAUUGUCAUGUUGUUAUCAUGCGUAUAAUUGUGUUCAAUCGGAAUAUCAAUUGUUUGUCAUCCGCUAUAUCACAGUCGACGGAUGAAUAAAUAUUUAUUUUUCUUUA